AUGUCUAAUUCUGAUAAAGCAUCACAGCAAUUGCAAGAUCACGCCGCAUCGCAGAACUCUGAUAUUUUAACAAAUAGCGGAGGUGAUCCUGUUGAAAGCCUUACAAAUCUGCAAACAGUUGGCCCACGAGGACCAGCGCUGUUCCAAAAUAUCACCUACCUAGAUAAUCAAGCACAUUUUAAUCGAGAACGUAUUCCAGAACGAGUUGCUCAUGCUAAAGGAGCAGGUGCAUUUGGCUACUUUGAGGUAACCAAUGAUAUCACCAAAUACUGUAAAGCAAAAACGUUUACAACAAAAAUAAGCUACUCUCCUAUCGACCUAAAACUUAAUUUCUGUUUCGCAGCUGGUGAAAAGGGCAGUGCAGACACGGUACGAGAUGCUCAUGGAUUUGCAGUCAGAUUCUAUACUGUCGAAGGAAAUUGGGAUUUGGUCGGAAUCAACUCACCAGUCUUUCUUGUUCGAGAUGCAAUCUUGACCAAUCAAGGUGUCAAGAAUCUAUCAGCACAACAAGCCGCAGCAUUAACGGGAACUGAUCCAGAUUAUGCCAUAAGAGACUUAUAUAACGCUAUAGCCGCAGGCAAUUUCCCAAGUUGGAAUAUGUUUAUCCAAGUCAUGACUUUCGAGCAAGCCGAAGCUUUCCAGUUCAAUCCCUUCGAUGUGACAAAGAUAUGGCCCCAUGCAGAAUAUCCUUUGAUUCCUGUUGGCAAACUGGUACUAAAUCGUAACCCUACCAAUUAUUUCGCAGAGGUUGAACAACUUGGUUUUUCACCAGCUAAUUUAGUACCUGGUAUAUUGCCAUCGCCGGAUAAAGUUCUGCAAGGUCGCUUAUUUGCCUAUAGCGAUACACAACGACAUCGUUUGGGAGCUAACGCUACCCAAAUACCUGUAAAUUGUCCCUACAACACAACUGUUAGUAAUUAUCAACGCGAUGGCCCCAUGACUGUGAUUAAUCAGGGUUAG